GUUAUAAGCAUAUUAUAUAUAAGUUGACUUGCAUUUUAUGUGCAGACGAUAUUCCCUGGGUUAUUAUGCUGUGGUCAUGCUUACUUUCAGUUAGAUGCACGAAUUUCAGUUGCUUGACCAAGUUUACUUCUUAUUGAGUCCAAGAUAUAUCAAAUAAUGAUGGUGCUUUCUUAUAGUGUUGCAGGAAAAAUGAAGCCCAUCUUCUGUGGAAAUUUUGAGUAUGACGCACGACCAUCUGAUCUGGAACGGCUUUUCAGUAGAUAUGGGAAGGUUGAGAGAGUGGAUAUGAAGUCUGUUCGGCAUUUUCUCAAGAAUCAAACAAAAAAUUUUCAAAGGAGAAAUGCAGUAUCAGUGAGUGAGGGUCAUGAGGAUUGUGAACAUCUAGAAGUUGCUGUUAAGAAACUCUCCCUGGCGUCAACAGCAGCUUCAUUGGAUCAUGAUCAGUUAGAUCCAUUUGCCACAUUAUCAUCAGUUUGUGGACAGUCAUCUCCUUCAACGCUAAAGAAUGCAUUCUCCAAAUAUUGGUUUGUCUCUUAUCCUCAUCCCAACUUGCUAAUGUGUUCAUGAGUAGAUAUUUUACAUACAUGGCACGCCUUGCUUGAUUUCCUUUUUUAUGCUCUUUUAUAUGUUUGUCAU